AUGGAUCCCAAUUUCAAGUUCUUGGAGACUUGUGACUUCGACACUCAACGCCUGAUAGGAGCCCUUAACGCUGCUGAUGAGAAUCGUGAGACUGAGAUAGGCUGUUCUGAUGGAAAGAAGCAACAAGGAAAACGAGUGAUUGAGGUAGCUGAUGAUGAGGUCGAUAGUGAUGUUGAGGAGACUCCUCCUCCAAUCAAUCCCACUCAGCCUUGCAAACAAUUUUCUCUCGGAUCAGGGAGUUUCUCAACUCAAUCCGGGUCGUCUUCAAAGGCGAUGGAAGGGAAAAAAAAACCGGUUGCUGCUACAAUACGUGGAGGGAGGAGGUGUUCCAAGCCGGCUCCAAAACCGGUGCAGCCGCAAAAGAAGAAGAAAAAAGAGGAUGAGGAGAUUAAUGUGGAUGAUGAUGUUGAUGAGGACGAUGAGGAUGCUGCUAUGAAGAGUAGGCAAAGGUCAGAUGUUUGGGUGGAUUUUUGUGUGAUUCGAAAACCCAAUGGCGAGGAGAAAGCCAAAUGCAAUCAUUGCAAGAAUGAGUAUGCUUGGAGCUCUCACGGGCAUGGAACUACGUCCUUGAAAAGACAUCGUGGUAUUUUCAAAAUGUAUAGAAGGUUGAAUGGGAAGAUGAAUGUCAAUGCUGAAGGGAAAUUAGUACCUCGCAAAUAUGACCAUCUUGUGUUUAGGCAGCUGGUCGCUAAGACAAUAGUCCAGCAUGACCUCCCAUUUUCGUAUGUGGAGUAUGAAAAAGUGAGAGACACUUGGAGGUAUUUGAAUGCUGAUGUCCAAACCAUUUGUCGAAACACUGCGAAAGCAGAUGUGUAUCGGUUGUAUGAGAACGAGAGAGAUGCACUGAAGAGGGAAUUAGCGAGUCUUCCUGGAAGAGUUUCCUUGACGUCUGAUUUGUGGUCAUCGCUAAAACGUGAGGGUUAUAUGUGUGUGACGGCUCAUUACAUUGAUCGAAAUUGGAGGUUGAACAGCAAGAUCCUGACGUUUUGUGCUUUAUCACCACCACAUACAGGUAUGAAUGUUUCGAUGCAGCUCCUUGAAUCACUGAAAGAGUGGGGAAUAGAAAAAAAAGUGUUCUCUAUCACAUUGGAUAAUGCUACAAGCAAUGAUUCGAUGCAAGAUAUUGUGAAAUCGCAGCUGAUGUUGAACGAUGACUUGUUGUGUGGCGGAGAGUUUUUCCAUGUCAGAUGUGCAGCUCACAUACUUAACCUCAUAGUGCAAGAUGGUUUGAAGGUUAUUGGAAGUUCUUUGCACAAAGUAAGAGAGAGUAUUAAGUACGUAUUAGCAUCAGAAGCGCGUGAAGUAUUGUUCGAAAAAUGUGUGGUUGCUGCUGGUAUAAAGGAAAAUGCGGGUCUGAUACUGGAUGUGCAGACAAGAUGGAAUUCAACUUUCUAUAUGCUUGAAAGAGCCAUCAAGUUCCGCAAAGCGUUUGUUAAGUUGGAGACAUUUGAUAGGAGAGGUUAUAAAAUGGCGCCUACAGCUGAGGAGUGGACAAGAGCUGAGAAUAUCUGCCGUUUUUUGGGACCAUUCGCUGUGAUUACAAGUUUGAUGUCUGGUUCCAAUUACCCGACUUCGAACUUGUAUUUCUAUCAGGUCUGGUUGAUCCAUGAUUGGCUUAGAAUUAAUGAAGAAAGCGAAGAUGAGGUUGUCAGAGAGAUGGUGCCACCGAUGAAAGAGAAGUUUGAUAAAUAUUGGGAAGAAGUCAGUUGUGUUUUCGCGAUGGCAGUCGUCUUUGAUCCACGUUUUAAGCUUUCUAUUGUGGAUUGUUGCUUAGGGAAGCUCGACAUGAGUACACGUGAUACAAAGUUGAGAAACUUGCGUGAUAAGCUCAGUACUCUGUUUAAGUCUUACGACAAAAAAUCCAAGACUAACUCACCUUCUACAGAGCCACGUGAGACGGUUCCACAAAAUGUUUGUGCUGAAGGGUCAAUGGGUAUGUUUGAGAACUACAAUGAUUUCUUUGCGUUUCGCAAAGUCAGCGGCGCUGUGAGUGGAAAAACACCUCUAGAAGCUUAUCUGGAUGAACCACCCUUGGACUUUAAUAGUUUUCGGAGCAUGGACAUUCUCAAGUGGUGGAAAGAUAAUACUCAUAGGUAUGGCGAUUUGUCAGCAAUGGCUUGUGAUUUACUGAGUAUUCCUAUUACAACAGUGGCUUCAGAGUCUUCCUUUAGCAUUGGAUCGCGAGUCCUUAAUAAAUACAGGAGCCGUCUACUUCCGAAAAAUGUGCAAGCUCUGAUCUGUACUAGGAACUGGCUAAAGGGAUAUGAAGCUUAUGAACAUGAUGAAAUUCUUGAUGAAGAAGAGAACCUACCAUCAUUUGAAUCCAUUGUCAAUGGUGGAGAUGAAGAUGAAGAAGAAGUUUGA